GUAAAGUUGAUGUUCGGAGGGGGAAAGUCGGGCAUCGUCGAGCAGAAGAAGGACGGUCAUCAUAAAAUGGGUGCGCAUGAAGCAGGUCGUGUGGCAUGCCAUGCUUCCUCGCCGGAGUGGGCGGUGAAAUUGGCGACUUGCACUUUUCUCUCGAUAAAAGCAAGUGGAUUUCUCGGUGUCUCCUCUUAUUUUAGAAAGUGGAGGUGUUGCUCUGAGUCGCCUCGGCGGCUUUCGGGGGGAAUUUUGCGGUUUACUUUUUAAAUAUUACAGUUUUUGCGGAAAAUCGCAUCACACCCCCUUCGCCACACUGCCUCCGCCUUUGAAGUGUGUUGCCAUGUUGCGUUGCGUCACGUACUGUAUUCUGCUGCAGAGAUCGUCUGCAGUUUACAGAUGAGGCACUCGGGGGGUGAAAAUGUGGUCAGCAUCGUAAGAUACUCCAGGAAAUAUGCACCUUACUGAUGUUUGGCUUUCAUAAGCCAAAGAUGUACAGGAGUUUGGAUGGCUGCUGCAUCUGCAGAGCAAAGUCUUCCAGCUCUCGUUUCACGGACAGCAAGCGGUAUGAGAAAGACUUCAGGAGCUGUUUUGGACUGAGUGAAACGCGAUCAGGGGAGAUCUGUAAUGCCUGUGUGCUCCUGGUGAAACGAUGGAAAAAGCUACCCGUGGGAACCAAGAAGAACUGGAACCAUGUCGUUGAUGCCAGAGGAGGCCCCAGCCUGAAGAUAACCUCCAGGCCCAAAAAGAUCAAGUCCAUCUCCAAGAAAGCUCGGCCCAGCCAGAUCAGCAGGCUGAAGAAGGAGCUGAAGAGAAACAAUUCGGACGCCCACAGCACCACCUCCAGUGCCUCUCCGGCUCAGUCUCCCAGCUACAGCAACCUGUCAGAUGACGGCUCAGACACAGAGCUCAGCCCGGGAUCCAGUCGUUCCCCUGUUUUCUCAUUUCUGGACCUAACAUACUGGAAGAGGCAAAAGGUGUGCUGUGGAAUCAUCUACAAGGGGCGCUUCGGGGAGGUGCUCAUCGACCCUCAUUUGUUCAAACCAUGCUGCCGCAAAAAGCAACGGCAGCAGCAACAAGAGGAAGAGGAAGAAGAGGAGGAUGAGGAGGAUGAAGAGGAGGAGGUGGAGGUAGAGGAGGGCCCGGUGGGCGUGGAUGUCAGUGGGCAGAAAAUCCAGACGGAAGAGGAAGUGAAGGAGACGCCGAUGUGUGAGGCAAACGCCGAGCCUGCUCAGCUAUGUGUUACCAUGACAACACCUCCAACCAGGAGCGGGGUGGUGGUGGAUGAAGGGUGGUGAAGUCACCCCCGCCCCCGUGACCCCGCACACAUCUCUAAUGAAAUAUUGGGGUGCUGUUUUUUUUGUGAAGCACUUAAAGAAGGAAGUGGCCUCAGAUUGCCUUCAAUCAUAAAGCAGCUGUAAAUCCUUUGGUCUUCUCCAUAAUACUGUCGGAGGUUUGAUUAUUAUUUUUUUCAAUGGUAACUUAUGGACUGUUGUGUUUCCACCUUUUGUCUUUUUUUAUUUUGUAUUUAAUAUUCUUACCAUCCUGAGCGAUGGACCGUCAUCCGUGGUGUGUUUGAUCAACUUUAGAUGAAAUGCUGGAGCUCUAGUUUGCUGGUACAUUUAAAACAGAUUUUUAUUCCAAAACGCAAUAGAUCCACUUACUUGCAGGAAAAAAAAAAAGGUGCUACUUGAAAUCCAUUCACUCAACAUUUCCACCGAUUCAACUCAUUCUCAAUGUGGAUAUUUUAUGAGCAUAUAUGUUAAGAUGACUAAUAUAAUGAGAUUAGUUUUUGCUUUUCUUUGUUGAGAGUAGAUAUCGCUUUUUUUCCAUUGAGAUGGUGGAUAUCUCGUUUUGGAAUGAAAGACACAUUGACAGAGCACAGACCUGUACAGUAUCCCCUUGUGUUUGUGUCUUUUCACAUUGACAUCCACUCCUAUCAAAGAGUUUGUGUUUGUAGACUGGAUUAGUGUCUCCGUGUGCAAAUACGUACGUGGGUCCCAUUUAAAUAAGGCCUAUUCACUGCUUCAACAGCAAAUACACCAGCCUUAAUUAUGUGUUACAGACAGUGCUAGUGUUAAUUCUGGAUUGGUAUUAAGGAACAAAAAGGGACAGAAGCUAUAUUUAUUGUGGCCUCAGCAACACAUAGUGCAUUUUUGCAUGAAUGGCAAAGCCCACUCAUCCAAAAGACCUAAAGAUCUGAUGCAUGAGUCUACUAAAAAAUUGCAUGGCCUUAUAUAAACUGUAAAUCUUACUUUUAUUUUUUUGGAUCCAUUUCUCUGAAGUUUUAACUUAUUUUUAUAUGUAAAAAAAAGUAAAGAAAAAGGAAAAACAGAAGUGUCUUCGAAUAACAAUUUCCACACAAUACAACAACAAAAAUACACAAUCGGUCUAUAGUCAUUCAAUAUCAGCAAUAUCAAUAUCAGUGAUUUCCGUCAUGCCUGGGUCAGUAUACGGUAAAAGACUUUAUACAAGCUGAAAUUCUAUGCCAUUGCCUCUUAUAUACCACAAAUGUGUUGUGAUAUAUAGCCUAAUAUUACUUUAUUUAUCAAAUUAAAGCCAAAGCACAUUGAAAUUCACCCAAUGUCAAAUCAAUGCAGGUUUUCUAUGGACACUUGUGCUUGUCCGAGGUCAUUUGUAUAUAUGUUUAUGGUAUUCUAAAAAGAACACUAAUAUGAAAUUUCAUACAUGUGACGUUGUAGUUGGGAGCAGAGGGUGUGUUAUGUACAUAAGGGGCUGGGCGAGCCACACGGCUCUUAUAUGGGUUCCAUUAUUUAUUUAUUUCAUAUUUAUUUGUAUCACUGCAUCCCCGCUUAGAAGUGUAAUACUAUGAAUUCUUUUCAUCCUUAGCUUAUAGGUAGUACGGUUUUGUACAUCAGAAAUCGAAUGUAAUUCUCACACAGGACAUUGCGUUGAAUUACUGGGUGUCAAUAUUUGUGAAAUGUUAAGUAUUUAUUUACUCAUCUGUUGAGUUGCGUGCAGCCUAACUUAUUCUGUACCAUCACUUUGAAACUGUAUCAUGUAGACUGAAAUGAAUGGUAGAUUGCAACCAAACUGUGCUUUUUUCCCCUUUUUAGCCUGUAGCUUGAAAGUGUUACAGAACAGUAGGAAACCUAACUCUAGACUUGCAUGUAUUGUUGCUAUGCAUUUACUUAGCUUACAAGUUAGACAAAGCAGUUUUGUAUUUUUUAUACAUCAUGUACUUUUUUUACAUGUCCCUUAAUAAAAGUAAUUUUGUGAGUUUUA